CAGAAACACUGUUUUAUUCCCUCCUCUUUACUAUAAAUACAUCCAUACAACAAUUCAUUUCUCAUAACCAUUUCAGAUAUCAAUUUCAAAACACUAUGGAUCGUUCAUCAGCUUUCUUCUGCUUCGUUCUUGUCUUGAAUGUCGUUCUCUUCACCUCUGCCAUUCAAGUUUUCCACACGAACAGAGCCAUCACCAUUGAUGGCCAACCCAGGAUCUUACUCUCUGGUUCUAUCCACUACCCACGAAGCACUCCUCAGAUGUGGCCUGAUUUGAUCAGAAAAUCAAAGGAAGGUGGAUUGAACGCCAUUGAAACUUAUGUUUUCUGGAAUGCCCAUGAGCCGAUUCGUCGUCAAUAUGAUUUCACUGCCAAUCUUGAUCUCAUAAGGUUCCUUAAAACCAUUCAAGAUCAAGGCCUUUACGCUGUUCUUCGCAUUGGCCCAUAUGUCUGCGCCGAGUGGAAUUAUGGAGGUUUUCCGGUUUGGCUGCAUAACCUUCCUGGAAUUGAACUCAGAACUUUAAAUUCCGUAUUCAUGAAUGAGAUGCAAAACUUCACGACGUUGAUUGUGGACAUGGUGAAGAAGGAGAAUCUUUUCGCCUCACAAGGUGGUCCAGUGAUUCUAGCUCAGAUUGAAAAUGAAUACGGUAACGUAAUGACCCCUUACGGCGAAGCUGGAAAAGCUUAUGUGAACUGGUGUGCAUCCAUGGCGGACUCGUUGAAAGUUGGAGUUCCAUGGAUCAUGUGUCAGCAAGCCGACGCACCCGAGCCAAUGAUCAACACCUGCAAUGGCUGGUACUGCGAUCAGUUCACUCCCAACAAUCCAAACAGCCCCAAAAUGUGGACUGAAAAUUGGACUGGUUGGUUCAAGAGCUGGGGCGGAAAAGACCCACAUAGAACCUCCGAAGAUUUGGCCUUCUCCGUCGCUAGAUUCUACCAACUCGGCGGCACUUUCCAAAACUACUACAUGGUUUGUGCUCAAUUCCUUAAUUCCAUCGGUUUUUGCAUCUGGGUUUGGGUUUUUAUGGCUCCUGUGACCGGUUUUUUUCAGUACCACGGCGGAACGAACUUCGACCGGAUGGCCGGCGGUCCGUACAUCACCACCUCUUACGAUUACGAUGCACCGUUGGAUGAGUAUGGUAAUCUGAAUCAACCCAAAUACGGCCAUUUGAAGCAGCUUCACGAUGCUUUGAUGUCCAUUGAGAAGCCUCUGGUUUCCGGCGACGUGAACACCACCGAUUUGGGCAACUCUGUUUCUAUCACCAAAUACACUACAAAAGAAGGGUCGGCUUGUUUCUUCAGCAACGCGAACGUAACAAACGACGCGACGGUGAGCUACAACGGAAAGGACUUCAAAGUUCCGGCGUGGUCCGUCAGCAUUCUUCCCGACUGUCAAACAGAGGUUUACAACACAGCUAAAGUGAACACACAAACAUCCGUGAUUGUGAAGAAGGAAAACAAGGCGGAGGAAGAACCGGCGGCGUUGAAAUGGUUGUGGCGGCCAGAGAAUCUCGACGCCACCGCGAGAUUAGGCAAAGGACAAAUCAGUGCUAAUAUGCUUCUUGAUCAGAAAGCUGCCGCUAACGACGCCAGUGAUUAUCUCUGGUACAUGACAAGCGUUUACUUGAAGAAAGCCGAUCGGAUUUGGAGCAACGACAUGACUCUGCGAAUCAACGGCAGCGGCCAUGUCCUCCACGCCUUCGUCAACGGCGAACAUAUCGGUUCCCAAUGGGCUUCAUAUGGAAUUUUCACUUACUUUAUGGAGAGACAAGUGAAAUUAAAGCCAGGAAAGAACAUAAUCUCUCUUCUCAGCGCCACCGUCGGCUACCAGAACUACGGGCCCUUCUUCGACAUGGUUCAAUCAGGAAUCCCCGGCCCAGUUGAAUUAAUCGGCCGCAACGGCGAUGAAACACUCAUAAAAGAUCUCUCAUCUCACAAAUGGACAUACGAAAUCGGAUUACACGGCUUCGAAAAUCGUCUCUUCAGUUCUGAUUCCCGAUUCGCCGCCAAAUGGCAAUCGGAGAAUCUCCCAGUAAACAAAAUGAUGACAUGGUACAAAACAACCUUCAAAGCUCCAUUAGGAACCGACCCAGUGGCUCUAGACUUACAAGGCCUCGGCAAGGGGGUUGCUUGGGUCAACGGCCACAACCUCGGCCGCUACUGGCCGAGCUUCAUAGCCGAAGAAGGUUGCAGCUUGGACCCAUGUGACUACCGUGGCGCAUAUGACAACAAAAAAUGUGUCAGCAACUGUGGCCACCCAACACAGCGGUGGUACCAUGUCCCAAGAUCCUUCAUCAACGACGUCGACAACACUCUGGUUCUGUUCGAGGAAUUUGGAGGAAACCCAUCAUUGGUGAACUUCAAAACAAUCAGCAUGGAGAAAGCUUGUGCUCAUGCUUACGACAACCACCGUUUGGAGCUGUCGUGUCAAGGCCGACAGAUUUCAGGGAUUGCCUUCGCGAGCUACGGCAAUCCAUUGGGGAGUUGUGGGUCUUUCACGACGGGAGAGUGCAAGAGCCAGAACGAUGCAUUGAAGAUUGUUGAGAAUUUGUGCGUUGGGAAAGAAUCUUGCGCUAUCGAUGUCUCUGAAGGUACCUUUGGAGCUACCGACUGCGCCGCUGAUCUUGUCAAACGACUCGCCGUCGAAGCGCUCUGUUAGGAGCUUAGUUUUUUUCUUUUUUUCUUUUUUUUGUUAGGAUUUGUUAGGGAGAUUUAGUUUGGUUCUAUGUUCUUGUUUUUUUAUCGUACAGAAUCUUUGAUCUUUUAAUAAAAUCAGCUUCUCAGAUUUGAUAUUA